AUGCGCCAAUCCUUCGAUUGGGUGGGAACACCAAAACGGGUCCGACAGGUCUGCGAUAAUGUCGGUAUGCCUGUCGUCGUCGUCACCGCACGGGGACUCCCGAUCGACAAGGAUUGGGAGCAGAUGGAGAUGAACAAACGCCGGAUGGACUUCGCCGCUGAAGUCGGUGCGGACUGUUUCAUGUUCAUGGGAGCUGGCAACCACAAGACCGUUCUGUCAAUGACGACGACAUCGCUGCGCUAG